AGGUUACCCAAACUAAAACAAAAAUAGUUUUAUUAAUGGCUAAAUCAUUUUUAAACCGGAUUAUUUUCAUGGUGAACAAUGUGGUGGAUUGUGAGAGGGUCACGGGCCUUGAACCCUCACUCAGCACUCCACAGCCGUUAGCCUAAUUUAGCCCUGUGUCUCUGAGGCUAUUUUGUUAGCCUGUUGGUUUGUCAGAAACGGCAUCUAAACACCAUCUAAUCACGCGGUUUUUAUUUCAGUAACCUGUAUAAUAAUGCCAGCAGUGGUGAGAUGAGUUACCAGACGUGUAAAUGAUGGCAGCAGAGUUUCAGUAGUCUAUCUGCUGACAGAAGGAGGUGAGCGAAAGGCAACUUCCUGAAUGUGUGAAUCUUUGGCUCGUUGUUUUCCCAGGAGAGACAGACGUGUGGGGGACAGAGCAGCGACACCAACGCUAAAACUAACUAACUAACUAAUAUAUAACCUAGAACACACGCCUGCAUCGAGUCUCGCUUUAUUUUACCUCUUUUUAAACGUUAGUAGUGCGCGCUUGGUGAGAUCAGUAGAUACUUUAGCAGCAGAUAAAGAGCCUGGAGGAGUUUUCCACGCUGCCUGAAACAUAAACAAUAGAAGAUUAGCUCUCUCCGUGCUGCUCCUCGUUUAUCGUGUGAAUUGCUGGCAGCUGUGGCAGAAUGGGGCUUCCAGGAGGCAUAACGUGUGUAAAAUACCUGAUGUUUAUCUUCAACCUCCUGUUCUGGUUGGCAGGUACAGGAGUAUUGGCUGUGGGUCUGUGGCUGAGGUUUGAUCCCAAGACUAAGAACCUGUUUGAGGGGGAAAGCUCUCCCUAUGUGUUCUACACAGGUGUGUAUAUCCUAAUAGCCGCAGGAGCACUGAUGAUGGUGGUGGGGUUCUUUGGCUGCUGUGGAGCCAUUCAGGAGUCGCCGUGCAUGCUGGGAUUGUUCUUCUUCUUCCUGUUGCUUAUCUUUGCAGUGGAAGUAGCUGCAGGAAUUUGGGGAUUUUCCAACCAGAGUAAGGUUGUCGAUGACAUCACUCAGUUCUACAUGCAAACAUACAGCAACUACAAAGACAACAAGCAAGACGCUCUGAAAGAAACCCUCCGUCUGAUCCAGCAUAGGCUGAACUGCUGUGGACCUUCUAACACAGCUGAAGACUUGAAGAUUCUUGAAGACACCUGCCCCAAAAAGGACAUCUUAGAUGACCUUAUCAUCAAGAGCUGUCCUGAUGCUAUUGAUGAGGUCUUCAACUCCAAGCUGCAUAUUAUUGGAGCUGUUGGUAUUGGAAUUGGCGUCAUCAUGAUCUUUGGGAUGGUCUUUAGCAUGAUGCUGUGCUGUGCCAUUAGGAAGACCCGGGAGAUUGUGUGAGGGCCUUUCACCCAGGAUACUGCCAGUGUAUUGUAUGUUGCAUGAUAUCUGUCCCAAAGCACUCGCUCUAACCUCAUCAGCUAAGGGCCAAUUAGAUCACACUGACAGCCACAUGCUCCAGAUAGUACUGGGGUUUCUUUUGUGUGAUUGGUGCGAAUUCACUCUUUUUCUCAGUGCAGCUGUACGAUUGGUUCAGAUCACAUGUAAUGAGCCAAUGGGUUUAGUCGACAUUGUCAAGCCCAUUGAAAAAAAGCCUUCAAGUCUAACUUUUUAUAUUUUUUUAUCAUUCAUGACAGAUUUUAAAGAUUAAUUAUUGUUUGCUCUGUGGUAUUUGCUGUCUUGCUUCUAUUGAUAUAAGCUGAUAUGAACUUUUUAAAUGUUAUAUUUGUUUGUGGUAUUUGAAUAGGGUUAUUUUGAUGUACCACAAUCGAUGCACAUGGUUCAAAUAAAUGCCAAAUAAAAA